CGCACGCACCUGCCGCCGGUAGUACGGGCUCAUGGCCUCGGAGCCCACCCACGAGCCAUCGCCUCACCUCACGCCGUAGCAGCAAUCAUAUGCGGCGCACCACGGCGACAGCUCACUCGCGCUUCCGCUCUGGCUCUUGCUCCCGGGCCUGGCUCUGGGUGUACAUCAUCAUCCAUCCUUGUCCCCUUUCCCCCACUCGUGUGUGUGACUGCUGCUGCUGCUCUGCUCAUCAUCACCAUCAUGGCCUGUGCAACCAGCUGAUCGACCGGCCUCAGCUCUCAAGCAGGACGCCUCUGGGUCAUAAUGGGCGAACAACUUGCAAGCUCCCAAUGCCGGGGCGCGACCUGGAGGAGUGCGCCUGCGAGACCGCGGUGAGACCGGCCAGGAUCCGCAAGCGGCGCGCGCUGUCGUCGUCCGGCGCGUCGGGCCCGGCCAGGAGGAGGCCCGCGGUGCUGCUGCUGCGGCGGCGGCAGAGGAGAGCCGGAGGAGCGGCCAUGUCGGAGUCGUCGUCCCAGAGCCGGCAUUGCCGCGGCCACGGCCACGCCCCCGAGGGGAUGUCCGCCAGGAGGCUCGUGGCCGCGUUCUGGCAGACGGACAAGGACAGGCUGUUCGGGGACGACGACGCGGUGAUUCGCCGGAGCGUGGUUCCUCGUAGCCACGCCUCCACGGAGGUGUCCAAGAGCUCGAGGAGCAGGACUAGCAAGGUGUUGUUGGAGGCUGGUGGUGGGAAGAGAAGCUGGCACAACGACCCUGGCCAGUGGAUUUCGGCAGAUGCCAUGAGCAAGUGCAGCGCAAUGGAGAUUGGCAGACGCUCUCCGGACGAUGUUUCAAGAUGUCCUGAGGAGAAAGCAAUGCACCUGAAGGAUCUGUACAACAGCUUGAUCGCAUCGAAAGAACUUGCCAAAGUGCUAUCACACAUCUGGGGAGAACUGAACCCAUCGACAGUCUCACUCAUUUCUGCCCUGCGUUCUGAACUUGAUCUCGCUCGCGCUCACGUCCGAAGGCUUAUCAAGGAACAUGAAUCAGAGCGUAUCGAAACCGAUGGCUUCAGGAAGCAACUCCUGGAGGAAAUGCAGUCUUGGAAGGCCAAACAAAAGGAGAAGGCUGCAGCUGCUCUGCAGUACACAGUUACCGAGUUGGACAGCGAGAAGAAGUCGAGGAAAAGGGCAGAGAAGGCUAACAAGAAGCUUGGCGUGGCAUUAGUCGACACGGAGUCGGCGCUAAGUGCCGCGACAGACGAGCUUGAAAGGGAAAGGAAGUGCAAAGCAAGAGUGGAGAAGAUGUGCAGCGAGCUCAUGAGAGGCAUCGCCGAGGACAGGGCCGCGCUGGAGGCAAUGAGGAGAGAAACCGAGCAGGCCCGCGAGGAGCUCGAGAGAGAGCGGGAGAUGCUUCAGCUGGCGGACGAGUGGCGCGAGCAAAGGGUCCAGAUGAAGCUGCUGGAAGCGCGCCUUCAGUUCGAGGAGAAAAACUCAGCCGUCAGUCAGCUGCACGACGAGCUCCAAGCGUAUCUGGACGCUAACAAGGACAAUGGAUCAAAAAUGGAUCGAAACCAUGCGUAUGAAAACGUUGGAGGUCCGGAAGAAUCAGAUGGUGCGAUUGCAGGCAACGGCAGCGACGAUUGCGAGUCGGAAGGGAGUGAUAUGCACUCGAUCGAGCUGAAGGUGGAUGGCAACAGCAAGUGCUGCACCUGGAGCUACGACACUCCUUCGUCAAGGGGCAAUCUCUCGUCGAUGCGUGGAGGGAUAAUAGUCCAGGAAAUGGAUGACGCACUGGAGGGAGACUGGGCCGAAGGAUGCAGCAACGGGAUGCUCAACUUUGAUCAUGACGAGGAGAGGUACCAAGCGAUUGAGGAUCUCAGGGAGCAGAUGUUAGCUGGGUCUGGGCUCAGCAUGUCACAAGGCAGAGAGAAUGCUGAAACAGACUACUGUAUCUUGUAACGGGAACUAAACUGGGAAAAUUAUAUGUAUAGUCAAGGUUCUUCUUUUGUUGACGAGUUUCCUUGUACAUGGAUGUUUUGAGAUCUUGAGAGUUAGGGUUACGGUGUAUUCGUGCUUCCAUGGUUUGGUAGUUUUUUUUUUCCAGAGAGUUAGAGUUUCUUUUUUUCGGAUUGCUUUUGAGGAAGCAAUACUACAACGCCUUAUCUA